AACAAAACAAUUGCAACUUCCAAACUACCCCUAAAUUAACUUUGAUGGUAUGACUUCACCAAUUACCAAAUUUAAGUGGCACCAUGUGUAUUUCUCUCCUAUAAAAGGGAAGAGUCCGACUGUAGUGACAAAACUUACAAGAUCUAAGGCGGACUAAAAUAAGCGUGGUGGUGAUGAGAUCGGCGCAUGAGAAUGGAACUGAGGCUACGGCGACUUCGGCGCGGGCGACGACGACACAGGAUCAGGAAGCCGACAAGUGAUGUAAGGAUUGGGAAGGCUACUGAAGCGAGGUCGCAGAAGGAGAGGGAUGGCGAAUCGGACGAGUCUGACUCUAGCGACGGCAAGGGAAGAUCUGGAGACGCAGACGACGGAUGCAAAGUUGGAGAGGGCGGAUACCUUUAUUUCUAUUGGGGGUGCCCUUUAGGGAUGACAACAAAACCCGAACCCACGGGUACCCAUCUGACCCAACCCGAUCAACGCGGGUAAAACCCGUGUUGACUGGUUUUGGGCCGGGUUCGGGUUUAAACCCGCUACACUAUUCACCGGGUCGGGUUGAGUUUGGGUUUAGAUAAACCCGCCCCAUGGCUACCCGCCCACACACAUAUAAUUACUUUCCCGAUAUAUUUAAUAUUCUAAAUAAUAUAUCUUCCUUAAAUAACUAAUAUUCUAUAUGUUUGUGGAGACAUGUAUAAUUUGUUCUUUCUAAUUGUUUAGAAUGAAGUUGAUAUUAUGAA